AUGGUAGCCAAUCUUCUAAAAGAAACAGGCACAAAAAAGAUGAAGACCCCGCUUAGAAUAAAAGAAGCGUUAUACAUACACAAAAACAAGCCAUCUCUCAACAAACAAAUCAACACCUUCGACCACACCCUUCAACUGUUCUCCCAAUACUAUAACACCUCCCCACUACGUACGAACUUGGUCCGAGCUGGCGAUGGUACAGUACAACGACACAGUUAUCAGCCUGGUUUGGAUCCAGCGUAUUUAGUUGGAAUGAGCAAAUCACCUCGAUUGACUUGUUUAAGAUGUUUUGAUGAAAAAUCUGGUUCAUCAUUUGUUUGGUCGUCUGAGAUUAAGUAUUUGUGGCAUGAUAAGGAUUGGUGA